UUCUCCUGUACUUGGCUUCCUCCUGCUCUUCACCAGUGUUAAACCAGUUCAACAGUUUAUGAACAUUAUACGUAAUAUAUCAAAAAUAGACAAUAAUUGGAGGGAUAGAAGAUCUCCUGAGAAAAAAAAAGACCGAAUUACUCAGUUAAAGUUUCUUGUAAUACAGGUGCAUAAAUUCCUUGACAGUUACUGUGAAUGGCUGUCCAGCGGUUUCACAUCGUUUGUUAUUUUCUUAAUGUUAUGUGGUUACUGGACAAUCUCAAUUCGUGGUGUUCUAGCGACACGUGUUGGUUUCACACCAGAAAAACUGUUCCUGAAGAAUUCACCAAUGCUUAAAAUAACCGUUUUGGAUAGAGAAUAUCUUAAACCGACAUAUACGUUUGUUACCGUUUAUGUUACCAAAUGUGGCAAUAUGUCGGAGCCGACGCGAUUGGAACGAAUGAAAAAGUUGGUGGCAAUGUUUGAAGAUUUACCGGAAUGUAAGGGCAAAAUAUUCACCAAAUUUUGGAUACGCGACUAUGAAUCAUUUUUGGACGUUGUGAGGGAGGACGAAGGCGAAAGUGGUUUAGCGCCAUACAGUGAAGAAAGUAUCAUGCAAUUUGCCAGUUGGCCAGAAUAUACACAUUGGGGUGGUUUUCUUAAAUUCAACGAAACUACACAUACUUUAUCACAGUUUAUGCUUACUGUCGCAUAUCAGGGUGAAAACCAAGCAGAAUGGUCAGAGCGACUUCGUAUGCUUAAAACAUGGCCCAUCUAUGAGGAAAAUUCCUUGUUUACAGACCAACUUGAAUCAAUGAUACCCCAAACCAUUCAGUCAUCAAUUAUGACUUUGAUCUGUAUGGCAAUUGUGUGCUGUGUAUUUAUGUUCAACUUUUUGACAGUCACUAUUGCCGUAGCUUCAAUCACUUCCAUAUGUUUGGGUAAGAUUGGUGUAUUUGGUUUGAUGACACUUUGGGGUAUUGAAAUUGAUCCAAUUUCUGUAUCAACAUUAAUCAUGUCUAUUGGAUUAUCGGUUGAUUUUCCGGCUCAUGUAACUUUCCAUUACUAUCGUACAGGGCUUUCCCCGACAAUGAAAACAGCAAAAGAACGUAUGGUUCAUACAUUGUCAAUAAUUGGAUUUCCAUUAUUCCAGUGCAGUGUCUCAACAAUUUUAUUAGUUCUCAGUCUACUAUUUGUCACCUGUUAUAUGACGGAGGUUGGUUUCCUAACUGUAUAUGUAUUUAUAAAAGCCGUUGUGUUGGUUGUAUUAUUGGGGAUAGUCCACGCUCUUGUAGCUGUCCCUGCAAUAUUAUGUACACUUUCAAAUCUGCAUAAUUUCUUUAGUGGAUUUUCUUUAUCGAAGAUAUUUAAAACAAUUUGAGU